AUGAAUCAACAGCAGCAACAAUCACCGCAACAACAGCAGCAGCCACCUCAACAACAGCAGCAGCAGCAGCAACAACAACCAUCAUCACAACCACAAAUGAAUGACGACCAAAAAAGAUCUAAUGAACAAACUGAUGAAGAUGAUUGUCAGUCUAAUGAAGGAUUUGUUGUAAAGAUGCGUGGCCUACCAUGGUCGGCUACAGCUGAUGAUAUAAUCAAAUUUUUAAGCAUAUUGGGUGAAGCAAAGGUUAAAGAUGGUGCUGCUGGAGUACAUUUGACCAUGGCCAGAGAAGGUAGACCUAGUGGUGAAGCUUAUGUUGAAAUGGAAUCCGAAGAAGAUCUUAAGGCUGCUCUUAAGAAAGAUCGAGAGCAUAUGGGAAAUCGUUACAUUGAAGUAUUUCGAUCAAAACGUUCAGAAAUGGAAUGGGUUAUUAAAAAAACUGGUUCAACACUUGACAGUGUACUAGAUGAUAAUUGUGUUCGCUUAAGAGGUCUUCCAUUUGGAUCUACUAAGGAUGACAUUGUACAAUUCUUCCAAGGGUUGGAGAUGACACCAGACGGUAUAACCAUAGCAACCGACUUCACGGGGCGGAGUACGGGGGAAGCUUUUGUACAAUUUGUAGACAGAGAGAAUGCAGAGAAAGCUCUGCAGAAACACAAGGAGAAAAUAGGACACAGAUAUAUUGAGAUAUUCCGCAGUAGUUUAGCAGAAAUUCGCAAUCAAGCACUGCAAAGAAGACCUAGACAAACUCCAUAUGACCGAAUGGAUCGUUUUGCUAGUAGUGGUGGUGGCGGCGGCGGCAGUGGUGGUAGUGGACGGUACUUUGAUAUGCCCAUGAGAACUGGACGUAAUAUGAAGUCAUUUGGCAAUAAUGGCUAUGAUAAUGGAGGUGAUCCAUGGAAUAGUGGUAGAAGUAUGGGUGGACCAAGAGGCGGUGGUGGAGGUGGCCAAGGUAUGAUGGGCGGCGGUAGUGGAGGUGGUGGAGGAGGAUGGAAUAGUAAUAACUGGAAUGCUCCACCAAGUAGACCAUUAUAUGUUGUACAUAUGAGAGGAUUACCUUUUAAAGCAAAUGAGGAUGAUAUAGCUACAUUUUUUGAACCGUUGGAACCCGUUGAUAUACGUAUUCUUUUCAAUAACAAUAAUCGACCAUCUGGAGAAGCAAAUGUUGAAUUUGGUAACAAAGAAGAUGCAAUGCGAGCUAUGUCAAAAGAUAAAACAUAUAUGCAGCAUAGAUACAUUGAACUGUUUAUGGAUGGACCGGUAGGAGGUGGACCAGGUUCUGGCGGUAAUAACUUUAGUAUGGAUGAUAUGGGACCACCAAAUUCAGGAAAUGGCGGGAGCUUUGGAGGAUUUGGAAACAAUUCAUUUGGUGGAGGAGGUAGCAGCAGUGGUGGUGGCGGCGGUGGUAAUUCUUUUGGGAACAACACAUUUUCUCGGCGUAAUGAUAACUCUGGUCCUCCUAAUUCAUUUUUUUCAAAUAAUAUGGGCGGAGGUGGAUAUCCAAGACCUUCUGGACCAAGAAAUAUGUCAGGACCUGGACCUAAAUUUAACCCCUUUUAA